AUGGGAUCUUCUCUUUGUGCUCCAAGACAACCAGAUAAUAAUAAUAAUAAUAAAUCUAGAAUUAUUACUUCUUCCUCUUGUCUUUCUAACGAGCAAUCUAAUCCUUUUGAGACAUCAUUUUCAAAAAAAGAAAGAAGUUGCCUUAGAACAACUUUCCAACGCCUUUCUGACCCAAAAGAAAUUAUUGGACAAAUAUUUGUAGAUAUUGUUAAUGAUGUUUGUCCAGAAUUUAAAAGGAUAUUUGGUGUAGAACGGGCCCCUAAAGCAGCAAUGCUUAAAAUGCCUAAACUUGGGGGACAUGCUAGUAGAAUGGCUGAUUUUAUUGAACAAAUGACUUUAAUGAUUGGCUUUACUGAAAACUUGGCAGGUGCCUGGCAAUUAGUCAGAAAAACAGGUCGUUUACAUGCAAAAGUGCCAUUUCUUGAACAAAACCAAAAUCAAUUAGAACGUAAUUAUAUAGCUAUUGUUAAUGAGUAUUUUUCUGAUCAAUUUAUUCCUUAUUUAAGUGGAGAAAAAGUAGAAAUUAUUGAAAAUAAAAAUGAUGCAGCUAAAAGUGAAGCUGAUAGAAGGAAAUCAAGAAUUCAACAAAAUUACAGCCAACAAUUUAUUUGCGAUGUUUGGAGAAGAUUUUUCUCUGUUUGUACAUCUCAAAUGAACGAAGCAUUCGAAUUAGAACGUCAAAAAUGCCUUAAUGCAGAUAAUCAAAAAACAUUAGCUCCCCAUCAACAUAUAGAAGAAGCAGAAAGGAAAAAAAGAAUUAAUGCUGAAAGAGCAAAUGAAUUAGAAGCAAGUUUACCUCAAAUACAAAAACAAAAAGAAGAAGAAUUAUUUGAAGAUCCUUUUUAA